AUGGUCUCAAAGAGGGGUAUUGAACCCAACCCCGAAAAAGUCAAGGCCAUCCUGGAGAUGGAACCUCCGAGGUCCCUCCGUGAGGUCCAGCGCCUCAAUGGUCGGCUGGCAGCUCUCGGUCGAUUCCUUUCAAGGUCAGCCGAGAGGUCCCUGCCAUUUUUUGGGGUCCUCAAGAAGAACCAGGGGUUCGAGUGGUCAGACGAAUGCCAGAAAGCCUUUGAGGACCUCAAGACGUACCUCAUGACGCUACCCCCCCUAGCCAAACCGGAGAAAGGGGAGGUCUUGUACCUGUACUUGGGCAUCUCGCAGGCCACGAUCAGCUCCGUACUGGUCCGGGAUGAUGCGGGAACCCAACGCCCGGUGUACUACGUGAGCAGAGCCCUCCGAGGCGCCGAGCUCAGGUACUCACCCACGGAGAAAGCAAUCUUCGCCGUGGAUGCCACGGCCAAGAAGCUCGGGCAUUACUUCCAAGCACACCCCGUACGGGUCCUCACCAACCAACCCCUUGAGGCAGUAUUGAGGGCCUCAGGGUCGGCAAGCAGAUUGGUCAAGUGGUCCAUACGGUUAAGCCAAUAUGAUGUCCAGUUCAAGCCCCGACCGGCAAUCAAAGGGCAGGCGCUCGCCGACUUCAUAGUCGAGUGCACCGCUCGCGAGGCCGCCGAACUAGCCCGGAGCGAUGAGGAGGAUUGGUGGACCCUGUCCACGGAUGGCUCGUCCGGCCUCAAAGGGUGUGGCGGAGGGGUAGUACUCGUAACACCGGAGGGGUUCCGGGCCUACAACGCCCUUCGUUUCCACUUUAAGCUGUCUAACAAUGAGGCUGAAUACGAGGCACUAUUGGGUGGCCUCAGGCUGGCAUUGGGUCUGAGGGCCUCCAAAAUAAGGGUGCGGUGCGACUCCCGACUGGUGGUCGGACAGGUGAACGGUGAAUUCGAGGCCAACGAGGAGAGAAUGCGGAGAUACCGCGACGUGGUAGUCCAGGUCCUCGGUCAAUUGACCCUCUACGAAAUUUUGCAGGAAUUUAAGGCAUUCUGCGACCAAUGGUACAUAAAACACACCCGCGUGGUGGUGGCGUACCCACAAGCGAAUGGGCAGGUGGAGAACGCCAACAGAACUAUAAUCGACGGCAUCAAGAAGAACCUGGACGCAGCCGGAGGAACAUGGGUAGAGGAGUUGGACACCGUCCUAUGGGCAUACCGCACCACCCCAAGAAGGGCCACCGGGGAGACACCGUUCGCGCUGGCAUACGGGUUCGAAGCACGGGCUCCCACUGAAGCCGUGAUACCAUCCUAUCGAGUCGCAGUGUACGACCCCGACCUCAACGAACAACACCACGCCGCCGACCUCCACCUCAUCGACGACAGAAGGGAGGAGGCCAUGGCUCGCGCAGAAAAUUACCAACGCCAGACAAAAGCUUACCAUGACAGCCGAGUCCGACCCCGUUACUUCCAGGUUGGUGACUACGUCCUCCGAAGGAGGGAGGCAAGCCGACCCCAAGAUGGAGGCAAAUUUGCAACGAAAUGGGAGGGACCGUAUGUUAUUGAGGCCAUAGUACGACCGGGCAGUUACAAGCUAAGGACCACAUCGGGCAAGGUGGUAGACAGGGUUUGGAACUCAGAGCACUUGUUGAAGUUCUACCAGUAG